CGGAUUUUAGUUUAAAAUAAUGGUGUACGCGAUAAGUUUGUUGCUAGUUAUCUACAAAUGCAAUACUUUUGGAAAGAUCAGGCUUUAGUGAGAAAGAGAUAUAUAUCUUUUGUUAGCUAGUGUUCCUCUUUUGCAGGAAUGAAAAUUGUGCGUUGUGUUUAGGACGAUAUAGAAUCCGUGCGAAUUGAAUUGUUAAAUUGCUCUUCAAGCGUGUCCAAAGAUUUCAUUGAGUAUUUAAAUGAAGAGAUACACUUGACACAAUAAUUAUGAUAGUACAUUAAUCACGAUUUAUAAGUAUCACCAGAAACUAAUAGAUUUCUAUUAUAUUUCCGAUAUUUCAAAGUGUAAAAGAAACGUAACUAUACUCUCCUCGUCAUUAAUAAUUGGGCGCGUAUUUCAAAUUCUUUUACCGAUAGAUCCGACGCCCAGUUCAUACAUAUUGUUGAAUAGAAAAUUUUGUGAAUGAAGUGUACGGAGCUGUUACAACGGUACUUACUUCUUCACAACAUCAAACUUACUACAUAUGCAAUUUUAUCACAAUUAAUUGGAAUUAUGUAACUGAAAAAAAAUCGAAUUUUCUUAUAGGAACAAUAAUUAUAAUUAGUUAUUUUCCUGUUUUCAUUUAACUCUUUCGUGCUUGAAAAAGUUGUCUUGAAGUAAUUACUGGACGAAUAAAACCGAUUACAGAUAUGUUGUACAGAUUGAUAAAUCAGUGGGUGUUAUUAACUGUAAACUUUUAUUGACAAUUCAGUUCCUCGUUUGAAUAUCAUUUGCUCAUUAUCAAAAAUGGUUAAAAGUCAAGUCGAAUAUUUAAGAAUGGAAGAAGAAAUAGUAGUUGACGACUGUGAUGAUAAUAGUAUAACUGAGUCCCAACAAUUGGACGAUUCUUCCACAUCAGUUAUGCCAGUAUUAUAUAUUCAACAGGGCAAAAUGCGUUCUGGUCAGACUGCAGCUGCAAAUCAAACGCUUGUUUCUUCUACUGCUACUCAGCUGGCUGCCAUCAUUAAUCCCGUUAAUAAUCAGAUUGUUAGUGGACAAAAUAAAGUAUUUAUACAGAGUCCAGGUCAAGUUACUACUUCGCAAAACAAGCAACAUAUUGUAAUUCAUCGUCCUGUUAAUACAGUCAAUACUACAAACACUGCACAAGGACAAAAACAUAUAUUGCUUAGAAAAUCUAAUACAUCUACUGCGCAGAUCGUACCCCUAAAUACUUCUCAGGGAAAUCAGACGAAUUCGCAGUCAGGAAAACAUACAUUUGCAUAUCUUGGGACUCUUAUCAAACCAAAUAAAUCACGCGAAUCUGUCGUGAUCCCAGCAGGAGCUUUAACGACUACUCAAAUAACUAAACCUAAGUUAGUUAUUGCCCCAGUUAUAUCACAAUUGGCGCAGACAUCAACAAGCACGACUGCUUGUUCGCAAAGCCAACCAUCUAAACAUAUGACAAAUCUGCUAUUACCAGUAAGCAUUCCCCAACAAAGUGGUUCUGCCAAAUCCAGUAUGUUUAAUUUGAAGAUCAAUAAUGGUCAAAUCAGUACCGAUAGCAAGGGAACGAUUACAGUAUUACGAGAAUCAAAAACUACCAAUUCUGCAACGCAUCCACCACCGUUACAUCCAAUUGCAAAAAUGAGCUUAUUAAACGCGAAUAAAGGAAAUAACAAUUCUACAGAUAGUAUCAAAAUUACAGAAAAUCCAGAUUCAGCAGUUAUUACGCCUAUUCCUAAAAAGGACGAUACUAUUAUUCCAGAAAAAAAGAGAAAGACUAUAAGUAAUAUUUUAAGAGCUUCUAAUGAAAAGCGAUUGAAAAAAUAUAAAUCGUCGCAAGAAACCAUGGCUGAUGUGACUUAUGCGCUUAGUAGUCCUGAAUCAGAACAAGAUAAAGAUAAAAAAGUACAGAACGAUGAUGAUAUUACUUUGAUUAAAGUCAUUCCUAGUGAAGAAAAAUCAAUGAAGUUAAAUACGACGAGUAUAGACGACGAUAUCAAAAUAGAAAUAAUUAAAACUCCUACAAGUUGUACAGUCGAACCCGUGUUGGAAAAUAAAAAUGAAAUGAAAAUGAAUCAUGAUGAUAUGAAAGAGCUGUUUAAUGUCUCUCAGCAAAACGAUUCCAAUUUCGACGCUACUAAAGUAUUAGAUUGGAAAGAUGGUGUAGGAACUUUGCCAGGAAGUACAUUGAAGUUUUGUAUGAAUGAAUUGGGGAUAAUUGAAGUUGUCGAAGAUGGUGAAACAAUUAAGCAGACUAAAGAUGGCAAUAUUGGUGAUAAGGAAAAUGUAUGUUUAAUGCAAAAUUCUUCAAAAUCCAGUCCUGUUAUAACCAAUAAUGCCAUUAGUGAGAAAAAAGCGGAAGAUCGGAAAACUAGGACUUUAUCUGCUGAUACAGUCUAUCAUUGCGAGGGUUGUGGUUGUUAUGGCCUAGCUGCAGAAUUUGAGAGUCCAAUAUCUUGCAGUCCAACAUGUACAGAUCUAAUAGAAUCUAAGAAACAACCUUCAAUGCGAAAAGAAAAAGACCUUAAAGAUUUGCGUGUAAAACGUAAACGAAAAAGAUUGUUACAAGAACAACAGCAAGCUAAAGAAAUGGAAGAAAAAUUGCAGGAGAAGAUUAAAUCUGAAACAGACGAAGAUACAAAAGAUACCAUUGGCGCGAUGGAUGACGAAUGCCAAGGAGAUUUUUCAGAAUCUAAGUAUCCAUGGCAAACUGGGAAACUCGGUUUUUCUUGGCCUAAGUAUCUUGAGCAUUAUAAAGCCAAAUCUGCGCCAGUGAAAUUAUUUAAAGAUGCAUUUCCAUAUGGAAAAAAUAACUUCAAACCCGGAAUGAAAUUAGAGGGAAUAGAUCCUGAACGUCCAUCUCGUUAUUGCGUUCUUACAGUAGUCGAAGUAGUAGGAUAUAGAAUACGUUUACAUUUUGAUGGUUACCCAGAAAAUUAUGAUUUUUGGGCUAACGCGGAUAGCAUGGAUAUUUUUCCAAUUGGUUGGUCAGAAAAAAAUGGACAUCGUCUUGAUCCACCAAAAGGUUAUGUAUCUUCUAAUUUCAACUGGAAUGCCUAUCUGAAAAUUUGUAAAGCUACUGCAGCUCCAAAAAAUAUAUUUUCCAAUAAAAAUUCCGUUUUUCCAACUGGAUUUCGUUUGGGUAUGAAACUAGAAGCAGUCGAUCGUAAACACUCAUCUUUAGUUUGUGUAGCAAGUAUAGCAGGUUUAAUGGAUUCUCGGAUAUUAGUUCACUUUGAUUCUUGGGACGAGGUAUAUGAUUAUUGGGCAGAUGCAAGUUCACCUUACAUUCAUCCCGUGGGAUGGUGUCAUCAUAAUGGACACAGUCUUACUCCUCCCAACAAUUAUAAAGAACCCAAGAACUUUACAUGGGACACUUAUCUAAAAGAAACUCGUUCUAUGGCAGCACCGGCGAGAGCUUUCAAACAACGACCACCUUGUGGAUUUAAACGUGGUAUGAAAUUAGAAGCAGUUGAUAUAAGAGUUCCACAACUUAUUAGAGUAGCCACUGUCGAAGAUGUGAAAGAUCAUAUGUUGAAAAUACGUUUUGAUGGUUGGCCAGAGAAUCAUGCUUAUUGGGUCGACGAUGAUUCCCCAGACAUACAUCCGAUGGGAUGGUGUUUAAAAACUGGACAUCCAUUGGAAGCACCAUUAACACCAGAUAAUCCGAAUGAUAAAUCAGAAUGUGGUACGUAUGGAUGUCGUGGUAUAGGACACGUAAAGGGUCCUAAAUUUGCUACACACAAUUCACCAUCUGGCUGUCCUUAUUCACCUCAAAAUUUAAACAAAAAUAAGACCUUAUCAGAUAGAUUAAUCACAAAAAAUGAAAUCAGUUGCGACGUCGAUGAAGAGUCGCCGCAGGAAAGAGUAGCAAGAGUCGAUAAAAUUGAAAAAGUGAAAAUAGAAAAGCCUGAGAAGAUUGAAAAGCUUGAAAAGCUUGAAAAGCUUGAAAAGUUGGAAAAAACUGAAAAGUUGGAAAAAUUGGAAAAGCUCGAAAAGCUCGAGAAGCCUGAGAAAAUAGAAAAAAUAGACAAAAUAGACAAAAUGGAGAAACUUUCUUUCUCUGAAGAACGACUCUUAAAGACUGAAAAAGAUGUGAAACAAGAGGAUGGAGAUUCCGAUAAAAAUGACAAGUCUGAAAAUUCGGAAAAAUCUGAAAGAUCAAGCAAGUCGAAAACUCUUCACAGCGAUGGACAAUCCGACGAUGAGGAAGUUUCGAGGAAACGUAAAAAAAGACGACAAAUUUCUGAUGAUUCUAUAUAUACUCUUUCAAAUUCUACAUACGGUGAUACGGUAUUAAAUACCACACAAUUUGGUGCUGUUAUGCCAGAUAAACAAUUACGUACAGAAUUAUACCAAUCGGUCUACGAUCCUGGUUAUCAUCCUCUACCAGACGCACCGCACAUAUGGGCAAAACAUAGUACCGUCUUAAACAGAGUAGUUUCUCAACAGAAUACAAAUCCUCGACGCUGGUCGAAUGAAGAAGUUAUUAAGUUUAUUCAAAGUGUCCCAAAUUGUAAAGAAAUUGCUAAUAUUUUUAGAAAACAUAAUAUCGAUGGAGAAGCAUUUUUAAUGCUGACGCAAGAAGAUUUGGUAUCGUUGUUAGGUUUACUCUUAGGACCGGCAAUAAAGCUAUAUAACAGUAUAGUAUUGCUACGUCGGAGAGCCACGUGAAUAUUUUGUCGAAAGAAGAAUCAAUGAAGUGGCAAAGAAAAUAUUUCUUAUUAAAGAAAAGAGUGAGAUAGGGAAAACUGAUGUUUAAAUGAAAUUAAUUAUUCAUUGAUCAAGUUUUCCCAACUUUUUAAGCAAAUCUUUUCCAUUUCAUUUUGUAAUUGACAGAUAUUUAUUUGUGACAUAGUUUAUUUAAUUUUUUUUUUACAAACAAUUCGAAAUUGAAAUAUUUAACUGUGACUAGCAAGAAAAGAAACCGAAUGAAUCUUAUUCUUGCAAUUUGGAUCGAUUAUGGGGUAUCAAGUAUAUUCAUACUCAAUUUGAAUAUCUAUUCAUGACUAGUACUUAUAAUUGUCCAAUAUAAUUUUUUUUAUAUUACCAACCGAAUUCGAUCAUGUACAAAUGUAA